AUGGCCAAUAAAUUUGAAGUUAUAUACGAAGAAGUUGCAGAGGGAUUAGGACCUCUUGGUAUACUAACUGCUUACUGUAAGGAGAGGUACCUUGAUAAACUAAAGCUAAUGAUAGUUAUGCAUGAUGGUAUCAACCGUUUGCUAAGAGAAUGCAAACAUAUACUAAAUGACAAACGUACGAGUGUAAUCAUAUAUAGCUGGCUUCAAGUUAGACUUGAACUCAAUUUUUAUGCAAUAGACUGGUGUGGAGCUGGAAUAUAUAGAUUUAGAAUGGUCGACUGUUACAGGUUACCAUCAGACGAUAGUGACUGCGGAAUGUUUGAGGAUGCAUAUUGUAUCCUCAAAUUACUUAAAGAGAUACCAAAUGACAUUAUAAAAAAUCUUCAAGGCGAUUUUACAAGAAUUUCUAAUCUAUUUUUAGCAUAUUGA